AGGGAAUGUCGUCCGCGACAAACCCAAAAUGAGGAGAGCAAUCGACUCUCGCGCCUUGAAGACCAUGCGCUUCCUCCCUUCUCUCUCAUCUCCUUCCCCGCCGGCCUCCCUCCGCUUCCCGGCGGCGCCGAUCCGCUCCCUCUUCUUUAGUCUCGCUAAGCCCAGCCCUCGCUUCGUUGCCCUUCUUCAUCCUCCUCCUCCUCCUCAAUAUCAGCUGCGCGCAUUCUCUGUCUCCAAAACCCUAACUCCGCCGGCGUCCUCCAUCACCUCUUCCGCCGUCAAGUACUUGAGGACGAGUCGCGACUUCGAUUCGGAUUUCGGUCGUCUCGCCGCGAAAUGCAUCUCGUCGGUGAACUCGGCUCACACGCUGGAGUGGAACGAGCCAGUCUCGUGCUCCGAGGUGGUCGGCGAAAUCGAGAGCGAAGAGAUUGGAGUUGUUGAAGAGGACGCGAAGCCUUCUAUACCUGUUAGAGCUUAUUUUUUCUCCACCAGUGUGGACUUGAGGAGCUUAGUGGAUCAGAACAAAGCCAAUUUUAUCCCUCCAGCAUCUCGUAUGACAAAUUACGUGGUCCUUAAGUUUGGCAAUCUUUCUAAUGUGGAUGGAUUGGGUGCUUGCUUAAGCGGAAGUGACUGCUGUUACAUGGUGGUUUUUCAAUACGGAUCCAUUGUGCUGUUUAAUGUCCGUGAACAAGAUGUUGAUGGUUACUUGAAAAUUGUUGAAAAACAUGCUUCAGGUUUACUUCCUGAAAUGAGGAAAGAUGAAUAUGAAGUAAGAGAGAAGCCGAAAUUAAGCACAUGGAUGGAAGGGGGAUUGGAUUUUAUUAUGCUACAGUACUUAAAUAUUGAUGGGAUCCGAACCAUUGGUAGUGUUCUUGGUCAAAGCAUUGCCCUCGAUUAUUAUGUUCGACAGGUUGAUGGGAUGGUUGCAGAAUUUACUGACAUCAAUCGUGGCAUGGAGAAAACUGGAACUUUUGAGAUGGAUCGGAAGAAACUUUUUCAGCUAGUGGGGAAGGCAAAUUCUAAUCUUGCUGAUGUGAUACUUAAACUCGGGCUUUUUGAGAGAUCAGAUAUUGCGUGGAAGAAUGCCAAAUAUGCUCAGAUAUGGGAAUAUCUGAGAGACGAAUUCGAGUUAACACAGAGAUUUGCAAGUCUUGAUUUCAAGUUGAAGUUUGUAGAGCAUAACAUUCGCUUUCUUCAGGAAAUCCUGCAAAACAGGAAGUCUGAUUUUCUGGAGUGGCUCAUCAUCAUUUUGAUAGGCGCUGAGAUUCUGAUUUCCGUCUAUGAUAUUUUCACUAGGUCAGCCAUUUCAAAACUCUAGCAUUGACUUGGAGUGAUGCGGGAGAGUAGGAAAUAGUUUCGAAUGGCAUUAGGUAGGCCUACGUAUUUUAUAGUUUACUGUGAGUUCACAGCUCACAAAUUUUCCCAGUAUAUCUGUUGUACAUAAUAUAGACAUGGACUAUCGAACUUGGGUGGUCCAUUUGCUAAUAUUUUUUUGGAGGAGCAAUGCAUUCUAUUGGUUAACUAGCUGUA